GGUAAGCUUGUGAACUUCUUUGUUCCGCCUCAACCUUUAGAGGGAAAUAAAAAGAAAAAAACAAAGGAAAUGGAGCCUAAAUUAAAGGAAAAAAUACAGUAUCCCAGCUUACGAGUAAUGAUAUUAGCAGCUGUAAAGGAAAUGAAUGUGAAGAAAGGAGCAUCCAUCAUUGCAAUAUUUAAGUACAUCAGUUCCAUAUAUAGGUACGACACACAGAGAAAUAGACGGCUUCUCAAAAGAACUCUAGAAAAGCUAAUUGCAGAGCAGGUGAUAGAACAAGUUAAAGGACAUGGUCUGGCUGGGUCUUUCAAGCUGGGAAAGAAUUACAAGGAACAGAAGAAGCGAGAAAGAACCAAAGAGCAGGUAAAACAUGCUGCUGAAGCUACUUCAAUGAAUGUUGCAAAUGUUGCUCUUUUUUCUGCCAAUUGCAUGCUACUCUCAGCUUGUGAGCGCUACUUCA